GCGAUUAUUCAGUGGCGAUAAUUCUUUAGCCGGCAUAUUUCACCCAUGUGCCCAAAGACUCAAAGUGUGACCAGGUGCAGGCAUUGAGAUGAUCUCCCCGGACGAGAUGGAGUUUCUGGCGGAGGGCGGCACGCUCAAUAUCAUCCCGAACUUCCAGCAGGACCGACUGUACCUGAUCGGCGGGGACGUGGGCCCUUUCCGGCCGGCGCUGCCCAUCACCGUGCCCGUCUGGCUGGCCGUCAACCUGCGACAGCGCAGCAAGUGUCGCAUCGUGCCGCCCGACUGGAUGGACGUGGCUCGCCUGCAGGAGAAAAAGGAGGAGGAGAAGAACUCUGCGCACUUCACGCCCAUGCCCAGCGAUCACUACAUGGAGGUGACGCAGCUGAUGAUUGACGUGGCGCCUGGAGACCUGCCGCGGGCCGAUGAGAUACGCACCAUCAUCAAGGACAUCUGGGACAUCCGCGUGGCCAAGCUGCGCUCCUCGGUGGACGCCUUUCUCAAGUCCAACUCGUCGUACGCCAAGCUGGACCACCUGACGCUGCUGGAGCUGAACACCGUGCGCCCGUUCCUGAACCACUCGCUGGACCAGCUGUACCGGGUCAAGAAGGACACGUACCGGAGUUUGACGCAAGACAACAGUCGGCUGGCGUCGUGACGGCCGUGGUCUGGCCGUGGACAGAGGCCCUGCCGCCGCCGUCGUGGCCGCUCUGGCUUUGGAUCGUCAGUCGUCGCCUCGGUGAGCCGGUCGUGACCGGCCUGGUCUGGCCGCUGACAGAAA